AUGGCAGAAUUCAAGACGGUCACCUAUGCCUCUCCCGACGGCGUCGACAUUGGGCUCGACUACUCUCUCCCACCCGGCACAGGCAAAGCGCCAAUCCUAGUAUGGUUCCAUGGCGGCGGACUCCUCCAAGGUUUCCGUAAAGUGAUGCCGCCGCACAUCCAGACCGCGUCCGCGAAACACGGCUUCUGUGUGGUGACAGCCGACUAUCGCCUCGCCCCGCAGACCCGUCUUCCGGGUAUUUUGGCCGACAUCAAGGCAUGUAUCGAGUAUCUCCGUUCUCCGGCAUUCGCGAGCGAGACGGGUGACAGGGUCGACCAGAGCAAGCUCGUCGUCUCGGGUGGAAGUGCGGGGGGAUGGCUGGCACUCAUGCUCGCUUCGGGGAUUGGGUUCAAGGAGUGUGGGAUUGAGCCACCGGCGCAUCCGGCGGCUUGUGCAGCUAUCUAUCCGAUUACGGACAUUACGGACAAGUUCUGGACGACGCCGCAGCACCCCGUCUCAUACCUCGGCUACGAGAUCGACCGCAUCCCGCUGUACCCGUACCUCGACCCGAGCGCUCCCAAGACGUCCUACUCUCUUCCCACCGACGCCAGGAGCCAGAUGUAUCACUACAUGGUGCAGGAGGCUAUUGAGCAGCAGCUCCUCCUCGAUGGGGCGGGCGUGUCGCCGGCCAGUUUCCGUAUCGCGGCUGGUAUCGGAAGCGGCAAGUUUGUCCUCCCGCCGACGUACAUUACCCAUGGGACGCUCGACGAUAAAGUGCCGCCGCGGCAGAGCGAGGAGGUCGCCAAGGCUGCUGAGGCCGCGGGCUUGCCUGUUGAGCUCGAGCUUAUUGAGGGUGCUGACCACCUGUUCGACUUUGAUGAGGGCGUGGACAUGAAUGAUAUGUACAAGUUCAUCAAGUCGUCGAUUUCAACUAGUUAG